AUUUUUUUUCAAUUUAUUCUUUAUUCCAGAUUUAGUUCUAAUUUAUCCUAUAUAGGAUCAUAAAUCACUCGACAAAUUUCAUUUCUAUAAUACUUUCGUGGAGAACAUUUGUCCUGCUGCCAUUACAUUUCAAAAGUAUUUGCGUUGACACUGUUUGCAGAAGAAUCAUAUUUUUUAUUUCGGUAUUUGGUAUAAAUAAGUGAAAGGGAAACUUCAGCAAUGGGCAAAGAAACAAAACCUGAAUCGGAGAAGUCGACCACAGGAGAGAGCAUUGAUGAAGAAGUCAAGAAGAAGAAGAAAAACAAGAAGCACAAGAAAAGGAAAAGAGAAGACAAUGGUGAUGAAAAAGGAUACAAAAAGAAGAAGAAGUCCAAAAAGGAAAAACACAAAAGCCCCAAACCCGAGCCCGAAAGCGAGACCUCUCUCUCAGACGUUGAGGAACUGAUCAAAAAGUCAAAGCAAUGUAAAGCUUCGUUGAAGCACGGCUCCCUACAUUCGCCGCUCUCCGAUUCCUUCGGCUCUGGCUCCGUGAAAACCAAAAACGGUGACGCAUCUGCAAAACCUAGAAGUAGUAGUCGAAACAAUCACUCAAAAAGAUCCAUCGACAAAGAUGACGCUUUAGAAAUUAUAUCUUCGAAUUCGGAGACAGAAAACUAUCAGGAAGAUUGUGCUAGUCCAGAGUUGACUAUGAUUGAAGAUGAUUUGAAUUUGGAAGAGCUCAUGAAGCAGAAAGAGCUUCUGCAAGCUCGUUUGGUUGCUUAUUUUUCAGACAAAAGUGAUGAUGAAAGUUUUAGAGACUCUAAACAUAAGACUGACGGAUCCUUUAAUGAUAGGUCACCGUCGUACAGGCGGCAUAAGGACCGGGAGGAAUCGAAACGGAGCAGCAAACACAAAACCAGUAAAGAUAGGUCUUCGGAGCGUGAUAAGUACAAGGUGAAACGGCCGGAGGAAGAUCUGCGGGAAAUCAUAAACAGGGAGAAUCGAAAAGAAAUGGAGAAGAGGUUAGAGGAGCGAGAAUAUAGGGAGAGGAAGGAGAGGGAACGUCGUAAGUUGCAGGAGGCGGAGCGGGAGCGGGAGCGGGAGCGUGAGCGGGAGCGGGAGCGGGAAAAGAAACGGGAGAGGGAGAUCCGGGAGCGCGAGCGGGAGAGAGAGAGAGAAAGGGAGCGGGAGAGAGAGCGCAGGUCUUCGGAACUAAGGCGUAGAGAGCGGGACAUGGCGCGGCAUCGAAGAUCCAGAGACCGGUCGGUGACGCGUAGGGACCGCCGGUUCUCCGACCGAGACCGCCGGUCGAUGGACCGUGGUCGAGAUCGGUACAGAGACCGGUCGCGGGACCGAAUCGGUAGGGGCGACCGGGACAGACGGCAGGACUCUACCAACGAGGUUGCCCAGAUAGUGCCGAGCUCCAGCGAUGAGGAGCUGGACAUCUCCGUCAACACUGAUGAUGACGAAGAGACGGAGCAGCAGAUCAUCGAGCGGCGGCGCCAGGAGAGGGAACAACUCAUGAAGAGGCUAGGCGGUGACAAGCAGAAUUCCAAUCAGGUGCAACAGAACCCCGUGCCAAUACCGCAGACCGAGUCUGCUACCACCAAGGGCUCACUCACUCCAGAAAUAAAGGUUUUCCGGGACACUCAGCCAGAAAAGAAGAUCGGAUCGCCUCCCAAAGAGCAGACGAGCGAAGCACUCAUAAAGAACAUAGAGAACGAAUCAAAGACAACCAUAAAGCUGGAGAAAUCCAAUAAAGGCAGUGAAUGGGACAUGUUCGCUGAUCAAGACAACUACAGUGUUGAUACUCCCACAGCUGGCAAACCGAAUAGCAAAACCGCUUUAGAGAAUCCAUCGCUUACAGACAAUUGGGAUGACGCCGAGGGCUACUAUAGGGUACGCAUCGGCGAGACGCUCGACAACCGGUACAGCGUGUACGGGUACACCGGGCAAGGCGUGUUCUCGAAUGUUGUGCGCGCACGCGACCAGACGCGCAACAACACAGACGUCGCGGUCAAGAUCAUACGCAACAACGAGAUCAUGCAUAAGACGGGUCUCCGUGAGCUGGAGAUACUGAAGCGGCUUAACGACGCGGAUCCCGAUGACAAGUUCCACUGCCUGCGGCUCUUCCGGCACUUCUUCCACAAGCGGCACUUGUGCAUGGUGCUCGAGCCCUUGUCUAUGAAUCUGCGAGAAGUCCUCAAGAAAUACGGCAAGAACAGCGGCAUCCACAUCAAGGCGGUGCGCUCCUACACUCAGCAGAUGCUGCUCGCGCUCAAACUGCUCAAGAAGACCGGGAUACUGCACGCUGACAUAAAGCCCGACAACAUCCUGGUGAAUGAUAGCAAGCUGAUGCUCAAACUCUGCGACUUCGGUGCAGCCUCACACGUCACAGACAACGAAAUCACCCCCUACCUAGUCUCCCGUUUCUACCGAGCUCCAGAAAUCAUCAUGGGGGUCCCCUAUGACCACGGCAUAGACAUGUGGUCCACGGCUUGCACAAUAUACGAACUUUCCACAGGAAAGAUCAUGUUCAGCGGCAAAUCCAACAACGAAAUGCUCAAGUAUUUCAUGGACCUCAAAGGAAAGUUCCCGAACAAAAUCAUAAAGAAAGGACAUUUCAAGGAGCAGCACUUCGAUACCAAUUGCAACUUCUUAUACCACGAACUGGACAAAAUUACUGAAAGGGAAAAAAUUGUCAUCAUGUCCAGUAUAAAGCCGACAAGAGAUUUACAGACCGAACUAGCUCCGCCCCACCACCGACUACCGCCGGCCGAAGCCAAGAAGAUAUCGCAACUGAAGGACCUUCUAGAACGAAUGCUUAUGCUGGACCCUGCCAAGCGGGCGUCCGUCAACCACUGCUUAGCCCAUCCCUUUAUACAAGAGAAGAUUUAGAUGUAAUCUAAUCUAAUCACAACAUUUUCUCCGCGAUAGUUUAGAGAUUCCAUUACAUAUUAAGAUGUCAAUACAAACGUACCUUUUUAUGACAGUUUUCACUUUUCCUGUGACGUCACAAAUUUUUAGAGAUGCUAACACCGUUCCUUUUCUGUUUUAGGGCAUCAAUUUAAAACCAGGUUUUAUAUAGCGUUAAUUUGGUUCCUCUUUAAAAGAAGUACUUUCACUUGAUUUAGAAACGACAAAAUUUUGACGUUACAAAUUAUAGUCUGGAGAAAUUAUUUUGACAUUUACACGUAUUCCACAUCGCCUGCGCCAAUUUUGGGGAGAUCCCGUGGGGGUUAGUUGAAUAGAAAACAUGUUCUGUUUUAAUGGUUUAUAUUUAUUGACGUCAGUGAACAAAUCAGGUGUUAUUUUGUGUCCUAAAGUGCAAUGAAGUAACAAAUUUAAAAGGUUUGGUUGCCGUUUAUUUAAUUAGAUCAAAAUUAACAAAUUAAAUGAUUGCGGCGCGUGCGAUGCAGACAUUCACAGAAAGAAACAAAAGCUGUCAUAGAAACAAUCGUUUUUCCGGUUCAUUACAUUAUAGGUGUUAUGUGUGUUGUUAAAAGUAUCAAAAUGAAGCAUUCUAAAAUUGUUGAGGCUGGAAUUUGGGGUCACUGACCGAAAUCACAAAUCUGUACAUAAAUGUUUACACUGGUAGUUCAUAAGGAAACGAGUUGUGCUCAUUAGCAUCAUCAGCAUUGUUGACAGCACUGCGAAACGUAGGCCUCUGUACCCCAAGCACGGACAACUCGUAAUUCUAGAGCUGUACAUAUACAGGGUGAUUUUGUUAUCAGUAUCCAAAUGUUUUUAAUAAGUUCUAUAGAACAAUAUAACAAUAUAACUUUAUCUUAAUUAUUCUUAAUCGCGGUAUUUUUCGCGAAAAAAAUUAUUGAAAAUUUAAUUCGUGCUCAUAUCUUAAUUUUUAAAGGUUAAGGCUUAUUUUCGCGUACCAUUGUCUAUUAAGCUUUGUAAUUAACUGUGUGUACGUAUUUUUCAAUGAACGGAGCAAAUUAUCCACGUGAGUCAAUUUUAAAUCGCGCGCAGCGGAUAGAAGUAAUUAAAUAUGAAAAAAAAAAUGUUUUCUUUACGUAAAUCUAUUAAGUUACUGAUUCCGAGUCGCUCCUAAAAAUUUGGAUACUGAUAACAAAAUCAACCUGUAGUUGUCAUGAUAACUACUGCUCUACGAUUAUGAGAGUUGUUCGAUUAUGCUUGGUAGACUGGCACUUUGGCUGGAGAAACUAACGCACUCAGCUGUGUGUGAUGAUGAAGAUAAUUUAAUACAAUUUGAGUUUUUGUCACGCGUAGGACCAUGCUACCACUCACACAAAAUACGCUGGCGUUUGUCAUUUGUAUAAAAACUUCACGUCGUACGCACUCUGCUGUGUGCCGGAAAUUUUAAACUUAGUAGCGUACCUAAUAAAUUGAUUGGUGUGGCGUGUAAAUAGCCACACCAGGAAUAAAAAAUUGCGGGGAAGAAAGAUGAUGCGGGGGUCGGCUGGUGACUCCAAACAACUCAAAAAUACAGCUGCAUAAAACGGAAACCACCAACCUGCGGAUCAGAAGACGGAGACCAGGCUUCGAGGGUCGACCCGUCGAUAUUUCUUGCGGUUUUGAUUAAUUCAAUUUAUAUUCAGCAAAUAUUCAGCGGAUUUUUCACAUUGACUUCGUUGACAGACGUUCCAAGAAACAUAGAGUUUUUUCUUAAUUUUCCAUAGAGGUUUUUCGCGAAGGUUGGCUCCUGCGAAGGUGCUGGCCCCGAAUCCGAUAAACAGAUUAGUGGGAAACCAUCUCAUGCAGCUAGAUAAUUUGAGAGUUGGAGCCACCGAAGAAAAGGAAGAGAAGAAAGUUGGACAUAGGCCCAACCAUUGAUAUUUCGUCGAAGCUUGUAGAUUGUAGAUAUUUCAAAUUGAUGUGAUAAUAAUUCGUUAUAUUUUGUUUAAUGAAUUUUAUAAAUGUGAUAUUAUAACACACUAUCUUUCCGCCCGCGGCUUCGCCCGGUGUUUUCCCCGAAAUUAUUCGAAUUUUUCUCGUCGUAAAAACAGCUAAAGCAGACAAGCUAAAUUACAUACAUGCAUUUUUUAAAUACCUUUGCCAAGAAAACUUUCUGUACGUAGUACUUAUUAUUAUUCUGUGUAUACGUACAACGUACAGUCAUUUUUAAAAGUGAUAUUGUGCCAAGUUUAACGCCUCUGACACACAGUCGACGGAAGCGCGUCGUGUUGUUUCCAUACAUUUUCACAUUUGCCCCGGGAUGCUUCACGCUUUUCUUUAUUUGUUACAGAUCUCUGUAGAUCCUAAGGAAUACAUGUCAUGUUCAGCAAAGAACUGAAAUGUUUUUAAAUAUUUCAAUUAUUGAUGCGAGUGUUUUGAACAUGUAAACAUUUCUUGGUAUACUUGAAGGGUACAGGGGCAAAACAAGAAAUGUCACAAAAACAAAAAGUUACGUAAUGUGACAUUAAAAUUUUUUAAAGUUUAAAAUAUUCUUAUGUGUCACUUAAAAUUAUAAACUACUAAUAUGAAUACAUAUGACUAUUACUUGUUUUUUCGCUUUUUGUAUAAUUUCAAAUAAAAAUACGCGGGAAAUCGAAAAUAUUGCCAUCAAAAAUAUACUUUUGAAUUUUAGGGACAUUCCUUGUUUUGCCCCUGUACCCUUCACUUAUUAUAGUAUCAUAUUUAUUGAUCAUUUUAAUAUUAUUAAAUGACGCCCGGCUUGAAUGCCGUUUAUUAAAUGUGUCGUAUUUAUAUUUCCUAAAUUACGAGUGAUUUUGAGAAGUCAAAUCACUAUACCACUUUCACUUUUAAUUUCAAACAGUACAAAUGAAUUUUCAUCAUAUUCACCAUUGAUUCAAUCAUAAAAUUAAAAAUGAACCUACCAAAUAAACGCAAAUAUGAAAAAUAUUAUUUAUAAUUUUUGUAUUGUAUGUAU